GGAACUUGGGCUGCUUCAAAGACAGUGGUGAUCCACCCACUCUGUCAGGCACCAGCGAGACCUCUAACAAGCUCACUAUUCAAAACUGUAUCAGCUUUUGCAGAAAGCAGAGAUACAAGCUCGCAGGCAUGGAAUCAGGAUAUGCCUGUUUCUGUGGAAACGAGGUUGACCUGCAUGACCACGUGGAGUCGCCGAGCAAGGAGUGCAACCAUGUUUGCUUCGGGGACCACACCCAGCCCUGCGGUGGAGAUGGCUGGGUCAUCGUCUUUGAUACUCGAGUAGGGACCUGUGGGGGCAACUACACCUCUCCGUCAGGAGUCAUCUACUCUCCUGACUUCCCGGACAAAUACGGAGCCAGCCAUGUGUGCUACUGGACAAUCCAGGUCCCCGAAGCCUUUGCCAUCCUCUUCAACUUCACCUUCUUCGAUAUUUCCGAUCAGACGGACAUGGUGGAGCUACUGGACGGCUACACCAACCAGGUGGUGGCGCGCUUUGACUGGCGUAGCCCACCAUGGGAGCUGGUGAACAUCACGGGCAACUUUGUCAUUCUCUACUUUUACUCUGACCGCACCAACGAGGCCCAAGGCUUUGCUCUGCUUUACCAGGCGCUGAGAAGCCAAGACACCAGAACACUAGAGGCUGAAGGAGAGGAUGACGAUGAGGGUGAAGAUGUCUCCAGUACAGCAGGCCCAAGGCUGGCAGGUGGCGUCACCGAGAGAUCCAACAGUACCUCCAACGGACGCUCCCAGAUCCUCUACGUGAUCACGUCCAGCCCCGGUAAACCGGAGCACAGCAUGCCAGGUCAGCGGGCUGGACGCGGCGAGACCAACGGCCACAGCGCUAUGUGGACCAUCUACGCCCUGUCUGCCCUCCUCAUCCUGACCGUCAUCGCCAUGGUAGCCAAGCUGCUGCUGCACAUGACAGUCAAAUCUCCCAACAUCUCGACAGUCAGCAGUUCAGACAUCUGCAGCCAGAACACGACCUCGUCCGAGCCCUGGAUCAUCCAGUACCGUCCCUCCACUAUCUCCCUUUUCAAGAAAAAACUAAAGAACCACCAGGGAGACCUCAGCCCCCUGGUGGGCAACUAGCAUCAUUACAACAUCCUUCCACACACCAAAUGCCACGGUCACCCACAACUUUUCUGUACAAGGCCAAGUGGUACAGGGGCUUUCAGGUGCCAGGCCCUAAGACGAUAAAACUCUAUCACCGAGGCACCAAGCUUAAAAAGCCAACAGCAAUGUGGCUCAAGAUAAGGACUGAGUGACUGCUACUUAAAGGCCCAUGGACAAAAAAGGGCCGAGCUCUGCCCUUGACACAGGCAGAGAGGAGCUGCGAGUGGCAAAGAGUGUGGGAUAAAACAUGUGACAAAUGAAAAAAUUUGCAGCUCUUACAAAGACACGAGACGGCCUCAAAGAUGCAGACGACGUCCGCUGCUCACUGAGGCCGCACUUCAGUCGUCCCUAACAAUCAGCACACCGCAGUCAGACUGCAGGAGUAGGAGGAAGGGAAAAAAAAAACGAGCUUCAUCACCUGUGUCCUGCUGUGUCAGAGUCAUCACCAGGCUGAAGGACGAGAUAAAGAUACAGAGAGACGAAGAUGUUUUACACUGUGCUGAAACUUUUUUUUUUACAGCCUCAGUCAUCCCAUACACACAUACACACACACAGAUGUUCACUGAUGUCUUCCUGACUCCCUGACGUUUGAAAAAGUGCUGCCGUUAUUUUUGUUGUGCUUUUCCGAGGAGAGUCCACGGGACAUGGAAAAGUCUUAGAGAAAUUAAACAUCGCAGCACUUUGGAAUCAAAUCACCCACCGUAAAAUAAAAAAAGAUCAGAGAGACAGAGAUUGCGCCUGCCUACACUUUUGCUGGGUACUUAUGUGGAUUUGGGUGGAGAGAUGGAGCUUGGCGAGGGGAGGGGGGGCAGCAGUUUGCAGACUAACUGCCAUUUAGGGAGACUAGGGAAGAUCUGAGGACUCCCCUCGGCUCGUUUGUGGGUGGGAGACUUUUCUGGUUUGAUGGUGUUCAAGUGCCUUAUGGAUCCACCUCUUCCCUCAUCUCAGAUUCCUCACAUCUGUUUCUUUCAUGAAGUAGACUGAGGUCCUUCACAAAUCUCUGCACUUGUUUAAAAAAAAA